GUUUAUUUGUUUAUAGAGCGGAUCGUCUUAACUGUGUGUAACAUUAUAGGUGCAUUUGUUUAUAGAGCGGACCGUCUUAACUGUGUGUAACAUUAUAUGUUUAUAGAGCGGAUCGUCUUAACUAUGCCACAGAAGGAUCUACUAGACUCAGAAGGGAAAUGUAUCAAAGUUUUAGAUGUUGAUGGAUUCUAUUUACCCGAUUUCAAAUUUCCAAGUCAGGAACAUGACAUCCGGUCAAUGGCGGAUCAUUAUCUAGCUAGAGAUGAUGACGUAUUGCUUUGUAAUUAUCCGAAAUCAGGAACCCAUUGGGUUUGGGAAAUUAUCCAGAUGCUGUUUACACAGAAAGCAGAAUUAAUAGGACACACUAAAAUGAAAGGCAUGAUUGAAAGCAUGUCAAAAGAGUCAUUUGAUUCUUUACCGUCUCCUCGUAUACUGAAUACACAUCUAGAAUUGCCCAUGCUUCCGAAAGAUUGCCUUCGGCGGGAAUGUAAGAUAGUUUAUACUAUGAGAAAUCCGAAAGAUGUUGCUGUUUCAUAUUAUCACCAUCAUCAUGGAUUGCUUAUGUAUAACUAUGAUGGAUCAUGGGAUGGCUUCUUAGAAAGAUUUUUAGAGGGAAAUAUUGAUUAUAUGUCUUGGUUUGACAAUGUACGAAACUGGCACAAGGCCAUAAAGGAACAUAAGGAUUAUCCGAUACAUGUUAUUCAUUACGAAGAUAUGCAACAGAAUGGCAUCGAAGAAAUUAGAAAAUUAGCAAAUUUUCUAGAGAAACCCUAUAAUGAAAAGUUGUUAAAAGAUAUCCAGGACAAGUGUCAAUUUGAAUCGAUGCAAAAGGAUAAAUUUUAUGAUAAAAGUCAUUGGAAAGAAAACACUACCGGUAUUGGAAUCUAUAGAGAAGGUAAAGUGGGUGGAUGGAAGAAGGUUUUUACAGUAGCACAGAAUGAAAAGUUUGAUAAAGUGUUUCAGGAAAAAAUUGCUGAUUUAAAUUUGGACAUUAAAUUAACAAUAUGAAUGAUAAAAAAUGUAGGACUUAGCAGCAGUGUAUAAAAUAGGCAGUUACUUUAGUUUAAACUUUUAUAACAUGUUAACAUUGUUAGACUAUAUAAAACAUUACAAGAGAACUGUUGGGACAUUCACAAUGAAUAAUCAAAACAAAGUCAUCAAAGAAUUCAGGCAAUUGAGUAAAGUCAAUUCUGGUCAUUUUGAGUGUCCAGAAUUGAGUCUGUCCAUUUCAUUUCAUAGAUAAUGUUACAUGAAUGGACGAAAUUUCCGUAAAAGGCAUCUAUUAAUUUCAAUUUGAUAUGUUAUUAUUAACUUAUAGCUAAAGUUAAACUGGUUUACAGUUGCAUUCUUCUGCAUCAUUUGAUCUCUUGUGGAAAGUUAUCUCAUUGGCAAUAAUGCCACAUGUUACUUUUUAUUUUGUUUUUUGUACCAUAGUGUAACAUGGUAAGUU